GACCCAGGGUGUGUGUGACAGUGUGCCUGAAUGGGUGGGUGUGCCGACAGCAGCUGACGGAGAUGAAUGCAUCUGUUUUACUGGAUUGAAUCACAUAAAAAAGCUUCAAAAACAGGAUAUUCACAUAAAAUAGCGAUGCCCUGUGUACAAGCCCAGUAUGCAUCCCUGCCCUAUGACAACUACUUCGGCUCAGAGCUUUUAAACCCAGACCUCAGUGCCAAACUGAUUAUGGAAAUCUCUGGCCAAAAGGACCAGCUGUCAGCAUCCUCACUACCUAGCAUCAACACCUUGAUGGGAAAUGGGUACAUUGGGGAGUUUGAUGCUUACUCCUGCAAGAUUAACACUUUCCCUCCUGCCUCUGCAGCUUCUUGCAGCCACCCUGCUGCAGUCGAAAGACCUAGCCCACAGACGGAGAACCAAGCUUUCAAGCUGGAUGAUCUCCAAGUUUAUGGCUGUUACCCAGGAUCAUUUUCUCUUAGCUGUCUUGAAGAAACACACUCAUCAUGUGGCUCUGAAUAUUAUGGAAGCCCUAUCUACGGCACUGGUUCUCCUCAAACACCAGGCUUUCAGUCAGAGUCUGCAGCUGUCUGGGAUUGCCCUUUCAGCUCUUUUCCCCCAGCAUUCCCGUCCUCUGUUGACAAGGCCACCAUGGCUCAGGAGUUUUCAUUUUUUACCUUCAGUAAUACACAAGAGCAGCACUCUCCUUUGGGUCAACAUCAGGAUGUGCCACCUUGUCAAGAUGAUUUCUUUCUCCCACCACAUCAACGUGUUUCUUCACUUCUCUGCCCCCCCAUGUCCCUUGAAGAUGCACUACUGGAAAGCCCGAGAACACUGGAUGGGGCUGUAAUGUCUCUGAAAACCUCUAACCCUGGUUCCAGUGAGGGUCGCUGUGCAGUUUGUGGUGACAACGCAUCCUGUCAGCACUAUGGGGUCCGGACCUGUGAGGGAUGCAAAGGUUUCUUUAAGCGAACUGUCCAGAAAAAUGCAAAGUAUGUUUGCCUCGCCAGUAAAGACUGCCCGGUGGAUAAGAGGAGGAGAAACCGAUGCCAAUUCUGCCGUUUCCAGAAAUGUCUUGCAGUGGGAAUGGUCAAAGAAGUUGUUCGCACAGACAGCCUCAAAGGCCGCAGAGGUCGCCUCCCAUCCAAACCCAAGACUGCAGUUGAGACGUCAUCAACAGCUCCCAGUGUGAACAUCAUCCCUUCUCUCAUCAGGGCUCACUUGGACUCUGACCCAAGCAUCGGAAAGCUCGACUACUCCAAGUAUCAAGAGAAGACAGACAAUCUGAAAGAAAAUGAGGAUGCCAGGGAUAUUCAGCAGUUCUAUGACCUGCUGACUGGUGCCUUGGAUGUAAUAAGAAACUGGGCUCAAACCAUCCCAGGAUUCACAGACUUCUGCACAGAGGACCAGGAGCUUCUUCUUGAAUCUGCCUUUGUUGAGCUCUUUAUUCUUCGUGUUGCAUACAGGUCAAAGCCAGAGAAAAGCAAGCUGAUCUUUUGUAAUGGCCUGGUCCUCCACCGACAGCAGUGCGCUAACAGUUUUGGUGGUUGGAUUGACUCCAUCAUGGAUUUUUCACAGAGCCUUCACCGCAUGAACCUAGAUGUCUCACUGUUUGCCUGUCUUUCAGCAUUUGUCAUCAUCACCGACCGCCAUGGCCUGAAGGAGCCGAAAAGAGUAGAGGACUUUCAGAGCAACCUCAUCAGCUGUUUAGGGGAACACAUGAGUGGAACUGGAUCAGAAGUGACAUGGACGCAACCCAACUACCUGUCCCGUCUUCUGGGAAAACUCCCGGAGCUGAGAACUUUGUGUACUCAGGGCCAGCAACGCAUCUUUUACUUGAAACUGGAGGACUUGGUACCCCCUCCUCCAAUUGUGGAAAAAAUCUUUAUGGAUACACUGCCCUUUUAAGAACAUAACGUUCAAGAAGACAGCACUAAGAAGAAAGGUUGUCCACACAGUACACUGACUAGUGGGCUAUCAUGUCUGAUAUUCUCUAAGAGAUCAUUAUUUUUUACUAAUAUAUUUUGAAAGUGAAUGUGAUACUUUUCGUGGCACCACAUGGGAUUGAUAUCAGUGCUGAGAUUGUAUCAGCAUUUACGUAAGAACAUAUGUUUUUCAGUAUGUUUUAUGAGAUUUGUAAAUCUACUUUGUUGCUGAGGUACAUAUGUUUGUGUUAUUGUGUUCUGCAGCUUUUAUGAUUUGAAUUUCUUAGAAGACACAAUGCGUUGCUCCAGAAUACUCUCAGAAACACUAAUUUCUUAAGAGACUAGUUCAUGAUCCCACGCUGAAGCUAAAACUUCAGCUUCUUUUCAGCGUAGAUAUAUCUACUUCUACAUUUCAUAAAUUAUAGUUCUAUUUUUGCUCUCUCGAAAGGUCUAGGACCAAAGUUUAACAAACUUUUUAUUUUGAUACAAUCAUUUAUAUACCUUACCACCUUAAGCUUUAGAAAAAAGUCUUUGCUGCCUUUUUGGAGCACCUUGUUAAAGCAGAUACUGUUUAAACUCCCGAUAAACUCCUUGUAAGGUGUCUGCAACUAUAUUUUUCUGCUUUUACAGUGAAACUAGAUUAUGUGCUGGGUAUAAACACAAUGUGCCUUCAUAACUCCUUUGUCCAAGAAUCCCACUAAUUGACAUUUGUCCCCAUUCACUAUAGAUGUAAACAAUAAGGAUCCAUAUGGAAAUGAGUAAUGUACAGCACCCUCCACAAUUAUUGGCACCCCUUGUUAAGAUUUGUCAAAAAGCCUUAAAUGAUCAUUACAGAGAGUUGAUGACCUCAAGAUGCUUUUCUUUGUUACACGUCUUUGAGAUCAACUCUCACCUGUCUUUCUUGAUUUUCAAGGUUUCUAGUCUUUCCCAUUUUGACAAGUGUCUAAGAGAAAUGGGUCUCUGGGUCUCACAUAUUUAUACCACAGGGAAAUAGGAAGUAAUUGAAUACUAAACCUGUCAAUGAAGUGUAGAUUAAAAAUGCAUUAUUUUGUUUUAAAGGAAAUUGUUGGGAGUGUCAUUAACUGUGAGGGUUCUGUAUAUCAGAGCUGGAGCUCCUUUUGAUAUAAAGUGCCUGAGGCAUGUGUUCAUUCUGUUAUGCCACGGUUCUCGGGUGAUGAAAUGUCUGUGAGACUAUAAUCCUGUUCACAUGCUCUUGAGGCAAUGAAAGUUAUAAGGGCAUCUCCAUCUAAGAUUAAAAUAGAUCUAGCAGGUGUCAAUGUCUUCUUGUCCCCACAAUAAAUAAAUCUUGGUGCAUUUUAUAUGAAAGUAUAGCACUUAAUGCCUGAAGAGUUAUAUGCAUAGACAUAAUGUAUAUUUUUUGUUUGACAUUUAUUUCUUUUUAUUGCAGAUACAUUAUCUGUAAUUAUGUUUUUAAAUCAUCAACCUGUGUUUAGUACAUGUUAAAUGUAGUUCUUUCAUCAUUUUUUUUUUAAAUCAUGAGGACUCAGUAAAAUGUGAUGACAAGAUGAGCAGCUAUUAAGACUCUAAUGUUCUGACAGAACAAACAAUUCUUUCUCAUAUGGUAUGUGUAUUGUUUGGGAUAUGUAUGCACAUUGGAAAUGUUGCCAUAGUGUUUGUAAAACAGGGCAAAGAUCCCAAAAGUCAACAAAUACUUGCCAUAAAUUAUAUUUUUCUUUAAAAUAAUGUGACUGAUCUCAAUUUAUUUUCAAACAGUUGUUCAAGAGAUUAUAUUUUGUGUAUCAACUUGAUUAAAAUGCCUUUAAUUUGCUCUUCAAAUGUGAA